UCAGCUGUGACGCCGCCGCCGCAGAAGAAGAAGCAGGAGGACUGGAAGGGAGGAGAAGCAGCGGAGCAGUUUCUCCUGUUGACAACAACACAAUGGAGCCAAAAUGGACAGAUUCCGUCUGCAGGCGUGUUUUACUGACUGGAUUCACGCUGUGUGUGGUUCUGGCCACAAAACCUACAUCUGCAAUCGACAUAUACGCCGACCCUGAGGUGAUGGUGCAGAACGGCACCACAGGGAUUCUUCGAUGCAGCUUCAAGUCCAGCGAAGUGGUCAGUAGCUCCAUCUCGGUGACCUGGAAUUUUCAGUCGAGUCAGCCUGAUAAUAAGUUCUCCAAAGCGCCGUACGUGAUUUUAUACUUUUCACAAGGGACGGCAUUCCCGGGAUCAAACGAGUUCAAGGACCGAGUGCAGUUUAUCGGAGACGUCAACAAAAGGGACGUCUCGAUACAGCUGAGUCCGGCUCAGUUCAGUGACAACGGUACCUUCUUCUGUGACGUGAAGAACCCGCCAGACGUAACGGGAACACCGGCUCGAACGGAGCUCAGGGUCGUUCUGAAAGAGUCUCUUCCUCAGCUCAACACCAGCCUUAUAAUUGGAAUAGUGUGUGGAGUUUUAAUUCUGCUCAUCCUCAUCGGGAUCGCCGCCUGCAUCGCCAUGAGGGUGUUUCAGAACCGCCACGAUUACGAAGGAUGUACGUCCUUGGAAAGCAUGAGCUCUCAGGCUCCGCAGCCACGAAAGAAGGUGGAGUCAGGCCUGGAGGGCUCCAAGAGUACCAUUCCCCUGGGUCCGCUACAGGGCCCGGUGAUAUACGCCCAGCUGGAUCACUCGGGCAGCAAAAACUCGUUCCAUAAGAUGGAGCCAGUCGUCUAUGCUGACAUUCGUAAAAACUGAAGAGGAACAGGGGACCAAAAAUGAAAAAACAUGAGAAACACAGUAAAGUAUCAGACCUCUCUAUCAGCUGCUCUUGGGAAGGGUGGGAUUAUUUCAACAGGGACACAACCGGUGCAGUUUCUUUCUUCUUUUUUUUUUUUAAAUCUCUGAAAGCAUGAUGCUGUUUCAUGAUAAAACAAAGUCUCAAUGUGCUUUAUCGUAAAGACAUAACAAGCAAAGUAGCGCCCGGGUGGACACUACGUCAUUACAUCACAUCAGCCUGGAGAUUGCUCUCCGACACAGGGAUCAAAGUGAAAGUGAGAAUAUCAUUCCACAUGUAGAGAUAUAUUAUCAAAGUUAUCGUCCAAAAGAACUGAAGGUUCUGCAAACUGUUGCACCAGCUGGACACGAGUUUGAGCAUCGAUAUAGAAGAAUAUAUAAGAAUAUCAAAGUUUUUAUAUAUAUAUCUGUGUAUAACUGAUCCUUUUAAUAACGUACCACGUAUUAAACUAGAAUAUCAACAGAUGUAAAACUCCCCUCUCAGCUCCAGAAGCUCGGCCUGUUUUACAGAAAUAACUUCUUGUAGGUGUUUUGCAUAACGUCGCUGACAUUCACUUCCAUGCAAAAAGCCUUCAGCGGCACGACGUCUGUUCUCCUGCCAGCGAUAAAAGAUUUAAAACCUGCCUUUGACUCGGACGUUGUUCUAAGACAAAUGUUGAUUUAUCAUUAUCGCUGGUUCAGUUACAAAGAGGAUCAAAUAUUUGCUUGUUGAAUUUGACAAACACAAAAUCUUUAUUAUGUUUCAGGACCGUUAUUAUUUCUUUACUAUACCAGUGGUUAUUUAAUUAUCUUCCCAGGACGUUUUAUUCAGAGCUGCAUUUAAAUAUCUAGAGCCUGAACGUUUGGACUGAGAAGCAGAUACUGAAAUCAGGUGGUAAAAAAAAAUGUGAGUGUCGAUAAAUCGGGGCGAUCUAAAUAAAAAUGUAAAUAUUGGCAACAAUUAUGAAAACCCUCAUGACAAAGAAAUGUAAAUGAGGUUUGAUAUUUUCCAGUUUAAUUAGAAACUGUAUUCUUUCCUGUUUGUUCUGGAAGAUAAAACUUUUCGUAUUGUUAAAUGUCUUUAAAAGACUCGUAUUGACUUAUUUUAAUUGGCCCACAGAAGUUGUAUCGUAUCAAUCAUUCUCAACAUUUAGAAUUCAUUCACAACAUGUAAAAUACAUAUAAAAUACAUUCACAACAUGUUAAAUACAU